GAAGAAGAAGAAGAAGACGACGACGAAGAAGAAGAAGAAGAGCUGUUAUUAAAGUUACUGUAAUUUGCCAGAAUCCAGACGGAGCUCAGUGUCUCCUGAUGAUGAAAAGGUCACACGGUGACUAACACACGUUCACUGACGUCACUGCUUUCGGUUUGUGCUGUGUCACGUGAUAUCCCUCUUUCACUCCACUUCUACUGGAAUGGCUAGGAAUGAAGAAAAACAGCUUGGAAAAUUAAAUCGAUUAUGGCUUCAGAAAGAAAGAGAGGAAGGUCGCAUUAAAGAUGUGCACACGUCAAGACCAAAACUUGCGACAUUAAAUUCUGUUGCAGCUGUGAAGAAGUGGAUACCAAGCAUCAAGAAUGAGAUUGAAUAUUACCUGCAGCAGUCCCAGUUGUCCCACUACCCAGAGAGGAAGAUAGCAGAGUUCCAGCAGCAAAUUGAGCGACUGGAAAAAGAGUACAAGGCUUAUCUUAACAAAAUGCACUUUUUAGACCCCAGCUGUAAACACCGGCCUUGGAGCCCCAGAGCGUACACCAAGAGGAGGCCAGACUCUAAAGGCGAUCAGUGCAUUGCCAAGAGACUAUGUGCCCCUGCUCCUGGUGUUCAAGCCAAUUAUCAAGAAAGUUCUGCAACAGCUACCGCAAAUAAGCAGGAUGUAUGUAACUCAUCACAACCGCAUCCUACACACCCCUCUGAUCUUCCAGACCAGGAUCUUCCACUCUCCUUUGACCACUCCAGGCUGGCGAUAGCAGUAGCUGGGUCUCGGGGGGCUUCCACAGCGCAGCAGAAUGAAACACACACCCUGGCACAUGUCCUGCGUAACAGCCUCCCCAACCUGCACAGCUCAACUUUAGCCCAAGUUCCAGGACCACCAGAGAGACAGGGGACAAAACCUUCCCCCUGCACUGAACAAAAUGAGGGUAAGACAGAACAUGUGUUGGGACUGGGCUGCUACUCAUCUUCCUCAGAUGAAGAUAAUUGAAGUUUUAAACAUAUCUGUGAUCUCACUGGUUUGUUCAUAUGGACAUUUGUAAAUAUUGUUGUUUGCUUUUUCCAUUUUGUGCUUUCUAAAAAAAAAAUAUUGUAUGUAGCUGUAAUAAAUAGAUUUCUAAUAAAUGACUUUACA